AAAAAUCCUAGAGCUGAGUUUCAUAGAUCCUUCUUGAGAAAUCAAAUCAGAAUCCUUGCUCGUUAAGGAAGAAAGACCCACCCCAACCAACACAUAACCCUUUGAUUUUCUCCUCCGUUAAUUUAUCAUCUCUUUCCUUUCCUAUACACUCACCGCACCUCUGUUUUCUGUAAACGCGCUGCAAUCUUCGGUUUCUAGGUUUUUCUGAGAAAUUCAUCUUCAUCGAAACUCGCGCCAUGUCGAUGCUCGAUUCCUUCUUCAGCAAGGGUUUUAAAGCUGCCAAGUGCAAAACUCUGCUGAAACUGACAAUCCCGCGGAUAAAGUUACUAAGAAACAGAAGAGAGAUUCAGUUGAAGAAUAUGCGACGCGAUAUUGCCAAGCUACUUGAGACUGGCCAAGAAGCGACAGCUCGUAUUAGGGUAGAACAUAUUAUUAGAGAAGAGAACAUGAUGGCUGCUCAAGAGAUCAUUGAACUCUUCUGUGAACUUGUUGCUGUUCGUCUUCCAAUAAUUGAGUCUCAAAGGGAAUGUCCCCUAGACUUGAAGGAAGCCAUAUCUAGUAUAUGUUUUGCAGCACCAAGGUGUGCUGAUCUGCCAGAGUUGUUGCAGGUUCAGUUGCAAUUUGCUACCAAAUAUGGGAAGGAAUUUGUAUCUGCUGCUACUGAGCUCAGGCCGGACUGUGGUGUUAAUCGCCAGUUAAUAGAGCUUCUGUCAAUCCGUGCUCCCUCACCAGAAAAGAAACUUAACCUUUUAAAAGAAAUUGCUGUUGAGCACGACUUAGAUUGGGAUCCAGCUGCUUCAGAAACUGAGUUCUCUAAAAAACAUGAAGACUUAUUGAAUGGCCCCACCCAAUUUUUUAGCAGGUCAAAAUUGCCGCUUCCUGAUGAAAAACACAAUGAAGAGUUGUAUUCUUCUCAUGAUACACCCAAUGAAGAACAACAUGUUUCUGAUUCUGAUUCUGACACAUUUGAAUUUCCUGAAGUUCCUAAGGCCUCAGUCCAGCCGAGUGCAAAUUUUGUCAGAGCUCAAGAAUCAGUUAUACAGAUGCAUCCCAUUGAAGUUGAUAAUCAUUAUUCAUCAGACCAUUCUGGAGAUUUUGAAGAUGUAAAGCAGGAUCAAGUUGAAGAAAGAUCAAGGGUUCAGAAAGAUGAACCCCAUGCUUCAUUUGGUAAAACGGAGAGUAAACAGUUUGUGCCUUUCAUCUCCCCUCCAUCAGUAUCAUCUGGAUUCAUCUCCCCUCCAUCAGCAUCAUCUGGAUCACAUACCGUGAGACAUAGUGACUCAGCCCCCUCCUCGUCAAGAGGAAAAUCUGAAGCCAAUGUGGACUUGCAGGAUGUGUUAGCUGCUGCCCAUGCUGCUGCUGAAUCUGCUGAACGCGCAGCAGCUGCAGCUCGCUCAGCGGCUAGCCUUGCUCAAGUCCGCAUUAACGAGCUUACCAAGAAGAAAAGUAGUGAAGAUAUACCAGAUAGCAGCUCUGAGAACCCAUUUUAUGCUGGUGGUGAUAAUGAAUCUAGAACAGAAAGGGGACACUCCACUGAGCAAAAUACUGCGGGUAUGUCUGAUGUCUUUGUCCGAGAGGAUCACGAACUUCACCAGGACCAUUAUGCUUCCCCAGGUUCUCAUUCAUCAAGUUUUCCUUCAUUUGACACCCUGAAGGAAGAUUUCAACACUUCUUUACCUGGUGAUCAUGUAUUGGGUGACGAUUCCUCUAAUCACCAGCCUAAGAGAUUACCCUCAAUGGAUGAUGACCCAUAUUUCUCAUACCCCAACUUAUUUUCCUCCCAAAACUCAAAUGUUGGAUCUCAGGAUCAUGCAGAUAAUAGCCGUUCCACUCAUGAUCUAUGAUAGGAAUUAUCUCGUUCAAUCACACAUUUCCUUAUAUGACACUGAAGUCUUGCUCUUAAGUGUUUUCUAUGCUGCUAUAGAAUCUACCUUAUUUUUUUGUUUUCUUCUUAAA